AUGGGUUUGGUCCAUGUGCCAGGAAGACGCUCCAGAGCGUCCAGCCUCACCAGCAACCGGUCGAGCGUAGACGAGGCCAGGGGAGCCGCCGCUGCCGAAGAUGAUGAUACCCUUGUGGUCGAGCCCGAUCAGGGAAACGUGCUUGGGCACAUCAUCUCCCAGCUGCGGCCCGGAGCCGAUUUGAGUCGCGUCGUCCUGCCGACUUUCAUUCUGGAGCCCCGUAGCAUGCUCGAGAGAAUUACCAACUUCAUGUGCCACCCCGAAAUGCUCCUCCCGAUACCCGAGAUUGACGACCCUGUCCUGCGGUUCGUUUCCGUUGUCAAAUUCUACCUGAGUGGAUGGCAUAUCAGACCUCCGGGGGUGAAGAAACCACUCAACCCGAUCCUCGGCGAGAUAUUCACCUGUUACUGGGACUUGCCCGACAACACGAAAGCCUACUAUGUCUCCGAGCAAACGUCGCAUCACCCACCCAAAUCGAGCUACUUUUACAUGGUCCCCGAACACCACAUCCGCGUCGAUGGCACCCUCAAGCCCAGGAGCAAGUUUCUGGGGAAUUCAGCCGCAAGCAUGAUGGAAGGCACCGCGGUUUUGUCUCUGCUCAACAGGGGCAAGGACAAGAUGAAGGGCGAGCGAUACAUCCUAACACAGCCCAACAUGUACGCUCGAGGCAUUCUCUUCGGGAAGAUGAAGUAUGAGUUGGGAGACCAUAGCUUCGUGCGCUGCCCGGAACUAGAUCUGGUCGCCGACAUUGAGUUCAAGACCAAGGGCUGGGUCAGUGGCACUUACAACGCGAUUGGCGGAUUCAUCAAGCACGAGAGUACCGGCGAGGUCCUGUACGAGCUGUCAGGGCUCUGGAGCGAGGAGAUGUAUGUCAAAGACGUCAAGACCGGGCACAAGGAAAUGUUCUUCAAUGCCAGAAGGUCAAAACCUAGCAACCCUCUGGUCCGGCCAAUUGAGGAGCAGGACGAGCGUGAGUCUCAGAAGCUUUGGUUUGCGACAGCUCAGGCAGUGAAGGACCGCAACCAUGAACUCGCAACGGACGAGAAGACCAAGGUCGAAGAUAGGCAACGUGAGGAACGGGAAAUCAGAGCACGUGAAGGCGUCGAAUGGCAACCCAGGCUCUUUCGGAGCGUCCAGGGUGGGCCUGGUGCUCCUGAGGAAGAAGAGGAAGAGCUGGAAUGGAUCAUCAAUGCCAAGAUCGACAGCAGCAACCCGCAAAAGCAAACCGAGCAGAUCCUGGCCAUCUACCCCAUUCUUCCAGGACAGAAACCAUUCGCGACGGGGGUCAUUCCUCCUCAUAAGCCCUCGGUCGCUGAGGCUCCUGUGGAACAAGCUCUAGCUGGAAAAUCCUCAGUCGUCCAGCAGCAGGAUGGCGGGAACGACUUGAUCGACUUUGGCGAUGCUCAGGCCACUACUCCUUCCGCGUCUACCUUCUCCGCGCCGGCCGAUGCUCCCCCGGCCGCGCAAGCAUCGCGGAGCGGCUCCGGGGACAUCCAGAGCAUGCUCGAUAAGACGGGAUCGCAGCCUGCCGAUGGCCCAUUGAUGGACUUCACCACAGACAUGAAGAAAAACGUCCCACCACUGAAGAGGGCUGACACCAGUCAGGACAGCUUCCACGACGCUCUCGAGUCAAACUAA